AUGGCGUCACCACCGUCCAUGUCCCAGCUGCACCCCCCACGCAAGCGCGGCAGCAUAUCCUCUCUGUCUGGGGUUUCAAAGAGGCGCAAACCAUCGAAUUUACGCAAUGCAUUCAGCCCCGAUGCUGAGGAUAACCCCUCUGGACAGUUCUCACGGUCACCGUCUCUUGACAGCCUAGCCACGACGUCCGUCAUCAACGGCGCUGGUGGCGGAGGGAAGAAGAAGCGUAAGAAGGGCGGUGAUGUGGGUGAUGGCGCCAGUGUGGCCGGGUCGAGUCUACGUGGAGGAAAGGGAAGAGGUGGGGAAGGAGAAGGAGGAGAAGCAGAAGGCGAAUACGAAGAGGGUGAAGACGAUGACGAAGAUGACAUGGGAGAGGAAAUGGACACAGCCAUCGAAGGCGGGAUGAGUGUUGAAGCGCGGCGGAAACAAGAGAAGGAUCACGAGCGCAUGUUAAUGGACUACAUGACACCCGCGCAAAUAGACCGCUACGCCACCUACCGCCGCAUCCGCCUCAAGCGCGAAACGGUGCGCAAACUCGUCAACCAAACGCUCUCCCAAUCCGUCCCCCAACCUGUCAUCAUCGCCGUAACCUCGUACGCCAAAUCCUUCAUCGGCGAACUUAUCGACCGCGCCCUCACCGUCCGCGACGAAUGGUCCGCCGUCCGCACCCAUCUACCCAACCCAGACCUGCCCCCUCCAAUCCUAAUGCAGAGCCUCCAGCGCCCCUCGGCACACAUCAAGGACGAACGCAAUCGCCCGACAAACACGGACAUUCAGAGUGCAGGCUGGUACCUCAACCAGGUCGAUCGCUCCCAGCCGCUUUGGAAGGAAAUCCCACGCGACGCUUCUCUCCAGGACAGACUCAAGCAGACGGAUAAGGGCCCUCUGACCCCCGCUCAUCUGAGAGAGGCCGUGCGACGGUAUAAGCGGGAUCGUGACGGUGGGGGUGCAGGCUUCGCGGGCAUGAGUCUCGAGGGCGUGGAGAGAACUAUGGCGAGGACGGGUGGGAAGAGAUUGUUUCGUUGA